ACACCUCCGGGAAGGACGCAGCAGCGUCAGGAGACGGGAAGGGACAAACAAACCAGCGGUCAGCGCGCGAGAGACGAGGCCGAGCCGGAGGCAUGGGUUCUCGACGGGCGCUGCCUUCGUCGUGCCCCGGGGCGGCCGCGCCGCUCCUGCUUCUCCUGGCGGCAUCCUUCGGUGGUGGUGGUCACGCGGCGGCCGGCGGCGCUCCGGGCUCGGGCGCCGGCAUGACGGAGCUGCAGAAGCACGUGGCGUUCUUCGACCGCGACCACGACGGCAUCGUCACCUUCGACGAGACGUACCAAGGUCUGAAGGACGUCGGGCUUGGAGCUGUCGCGGCCAAGGCCAGCGCCGCGCUCAUCAACGCCGCCCUCGGCCCCAAGACCAGACCUGAUAAUGCAAACUCGUCCUCGAGCAUGGAUAUCUACAUCCAGAACAUUCAGAAAGGGAAGCACGGGAGCGACACAGGCGCGUAUGACGCUCAAGGAAGGUUUGUUCCUGCGAAGCUGGACGAGAUGUUCACCAAGCACGCCAAGACCGUGCCAAACGCCCUGACACAAGACGAGGUGGAGGAGAUGCUCAAGGCCAACCGACAGAGCAAUGACGUCACGGGAUGGCUUGGGGCCAAGGCGGAGUGGGAGAUGCUGUACAGUCUCGCCAAAGACAAGGACGGGCGCCUGCCCAAGGACACCGUGAGGGUCGUCUACGAUGGGACCCUCUUCUACCAGUUGGCGCAGGGGAAGAAGGGCUAAUUCAGUUGUAAUCUGAUUUCAGCGACAGUUAAGCAUGGUUAAUUUGGUUGAUGUGUAGCAAAAAGCAGUCAGUAAUAAAUACCAUUUCUCGUUUUUAAAUGGUUGCCUCCAGUCGAGUCAA